CCUGUUAUACGCCCGUUUUCCACACAACUUUUACAAACUGAUCCAGGAGAUUUGCACUGUUGUAAGUGUAUUUUUAGUACGUAACAAGGUUCUGUAAAAUGGCAGAAGGAAAUAUUUUAAGACUUCCGGAUCAGUUUAGCUGUUCAAUCUGUUUGGAUAUAAUUAAGGAUCCAGUGACUCUACAGUGUGGACACAGUUUCUGUAUGGAGUGUAUUAAUGUCUGCUGGGAUCGGGAGGAUCAGAAGGGCGUCUAUAGCUGUCCUCAGUGUAGACAAACCUUCUCUACAAGACCUGCUGUGAGUAAAAACACCAUGCUGGCUGAAGUAGUGGAGACUCUGAAGAAGACAGGAUUUGAAGCUACACCUCCUGCUCAGUGUUCAUCUGGACCUGAAGAUGUGGAGUGUGAUUUCUGCACUGGGAGAAAACACAAAGCCAACAAGUCCUGUCUGGUGUGUCUGGCCUCUUUCUGUGAGACUCACCUCCAGCCUCACUAUGAAUCUGCUGCCUUUAAGAAGCACAAGCUGGUGGAAGCCUCCAGACGACUCCAGGAGCAGAUCUGCUCUCAGCAUGACAAACUGCUGGAGGUUUACUGUCGCACUGACCAGCAGUGUAUCUGCAUGUUGUGUACCAUGGAUCAACAUAAAGGACAUGAUACAGUAUCAGCUGCAGCAGAAAGAGCUGAGAAACAGAAGCAGUUCUUGGACAUGAAGGGAAAAACCAAGCAUAGAAUCCAGGAGAAAGAGAAGGAGCUUCAGAGGCUAAAGAAGGCUGUGGAGACUCACCAGCACUCUGCACAAACGGCAGUGCAGGAAACUGAGAAGAUCUUUACUGAUCUGAUCAAAUCAAUUGAGAGAAGACGUUCUGAAUUAAAAGAGCUGAUCAGAACUCAGGAGAAAGCUGCAGUGAGUCGUGCUGAAGAAAUCAUGAAGAAACUGGAUCAGGAGGUUGCCGAGCUGAAGAAGAGAGACACUGUGAUGGAAGAGGUUUUGUACACAGAAGAUCUUGUCCAGUACCUCCAGAGUGUUCAGACGGUCUUGACUCCAGCUGGACCCCCAGCGUUGCUUACCAUUUCGUUAUGUUCUCACCUAACUUUUGAGAAUGUAAUAAAGUCUGUGUCUCAACUGGGAAAGAAACUAGAUGAGUACUGUAAAACUGAGUUUGAGAAGAUCUCAAGGGGAGUGAAGAUUGUCCAGAUUGUACCACCCCCAGUUACUCCUAAACCUCAAAACACUGAACAACUGAGGCGUGGCCUGCUCAUCCCACCAGGAAGGGUCCGACCACUUUCCAGUCAACCUACCACUUCUAUUUCCCAAAUCAGGGAACCUCCAUUGGGAGACCAUCACCAUCCAUCUCCCGCCACAAUAUCCAAUAAGAGGAAGUCCAGAAAAGACCUAUGGUGGGCUCUUCCCAAAUUAAGCAGUGAUUUUCCAUGACCUGGCAAAUGCAAGAUCAACAAUCAGUGGAAUCCUGUGAUAACUUGCACUCCUAAGCCUAAAGCAUCUUUUUCUUUUGGUCAUAUAAGUGUCAUUUCUUUUUUUGAAGUGUAAUCUGUAAGAAUGAGUAAGAGUUUUAAAAUGUUUAUCUUUCAUUUUUUGAUACUGAUAAAAUUUUAUACUUACAACCUUAUUAUAUACUUGUAUGCAAAAGUACUGUGCAGACCUGACUGUGCUGUAUUUAAUUAUUAGUUACAUUGGAUUUAUUGCUGUAGUGCAAAAUAAAGUAUUAAGUCAUAGUUAAAAAUGUGUUGGCUGAUUGAAACUAUUUGUGUCAUGUAACAUGUUUGGCUGGACAAUUUUAUGUAUAUUUGUAUAAUUGAACCUAAACCUGUGUUUAACUGUUACCUCGUAAAUAAAGUUCUGUUUUCAUGACCAGA